CUGAUUUUCAUUUCUCUCUAAUUCUACCAAUCCCAUCCUUUUAAUCCUGAUUGCUAUAAAAACCCUCUUCAACCUUUUAAAGCGCUGAUCAACUUCACCUGCCAUCCACUAACAACCAUUCUAGUUCAAUGCCCCUUUAGUCACAUUCCUUUCACCCAUUCAAAACUCAACAGGAAUUACAUAUCAAUCUUACCUUCUUGUUAAACUUCAACCUCCUCAUCUCGAGCAUGCCUGCAGUCUCUUUCGUAGUUCCUCAUAUCGAUACCAAACCCGCUCAACGUUCUAUUAACCCUUGCGAUAUUCGAAGUCCUCUUUCAGCUCUUCGUACUUCUGCGGCUUAUUAUCAUCCCGCUUAUCCUGCCAACUCACCUGACGUCGAUCUAGUACUAGCUUCAUCUGAUCAUGUUCCUUGCUGGUUUGCUGUCAACAAAUCCAAACUGUUUUGUCAUACGGAUACCUUUCGCUCAGUUGGUCUUGAACAACUCACACCGGAUAAUAAUCUCCCUUUAGUCCAACUUGGCGAAAGUCGUGAUGUGAUUGAGGUCAUGCUUGCUUGUUUGGAGGCUGACUCUUUACCUGACUUUGGUAAACUCGACUUUCGUGUCAUCGUCUCGGCUUUGGAAGCCGCUGCUGACAAGUACCGGCUGAUUCAUACGGAAAAGAUCUGCUUACUUGCACUUGGGGCUUACUGCGCUACAAAUCCAGUCGAAGUUUAUACCUUGGCGUCUCAUUAUUACUGUCGUUGGCUAGCUGAGGCCGCUUCGGAACACACCUUGAAUUUGGACAUCACCCAACCCGAUUAUCAGGAUAUCUUGACAAGUGAAAACUAUAUCCCAUUACUCGAUUUACACCAAUCUCGUAUACAAUCCGCCAAGCUUAUCAUACAAAAUCAAGCUAUUGAAUCCCAUGGGGACAAAUGUGAUAUCAGCAAGCUACAAGCCUUUUGGGCUGAUGCCUCUCUUCGCAUCAUCUCUCGAAUCACCAGUCCUGCUCUCGAUAUCGAUCAGCUUUUUGAGCCAGAGAUGAAGUUGGCUGUACAAGAGCUCUCGCCUUGUCUUAACUGCUAUUCAAUCCUAGUCCAAAUCCGUGAUCAAGUUAGGAAUGAAUGUCUAGGCCUCCGGCGCACCGUGAAUGUACCUGUCGUAACCCCGGGACGUCAACUAGCCGAUUAUUUCAGUAGUUGAUGCGAUAGAAUAUCUGGGAACCCGAUGUGCUCUCAGUCGCUCCUACUGACCUAUACCCAUCAAUUUACCUUUUCUCAAUUGAAUUUUAACAGCACACAUUCUCUAAUGUGUAUCUUGUUGCAUUUUUGUACCUUUUGUGUGGUUUGUGUAUUUCGUUGCAUCUCUUGUGAGUUUCUCUUUUUUGUAUAUUGGGAUUGAAUUUUGAUUUUGGAAAAAAAAUGACUUGGUAAACAUACACUCUGGUUUGCCAAUCAUCACCAUUUGAUUAGUUAUGUAUAACUUUUUGGAUGGUUACCUUGCAAUAUAAUCUUUGUCUAAUAGAUU